AUAAUUUAUUUGAUAGUGAUUUACUUUACAAUCAAAUGAAAAAUGAACAGCAUGUCUGUAUAAGCAAUAAGCAUUAAACAUUUAAAUUUUGAGCAAAUAACUAUUAGCAAAAGUACUGUUAAAUAAGUGUUAACAAAUUAAAUGAUUAUUAUUGUUUUUAAGUCGUCUAGUAGGUAAUAUUAUACAUCUAAACCAUGCCGUUCAUGAAAGGCGCUGCUCCUAUACGGAGGACUAUACAAUAUUUGGAAGCUGGUAAGAUAGUAUUCAAAGACCGAAUUAAAAUUGUAUCCAUUCACUACAACACACUGGGUGAAAAUCAUCGUGGCACCCGAGAUUUUGUAUUUUGGCACCUCCCUCAAAUUCAAUUUAAAAAUCCUGAUGUUCAAGUGAUGACUCUUAAGAACAUGACACCAACACCAUUCAUAAGAUGUUUCAUGAGCGAUGGUAAAGAUGUAUUGAUUGAUGUUGAUAAUCGUGACAAAGAUCGAAUUCAUGACCAUGUUUUACAAGUUCUUGGAAAACCAAAAGAAACACUUGACAUGGAAGCCAGGGCUAAAGAAAAAAAAGAUAAUAUUGCCAAUUUUGGAUAUAUGUGUGAAAAACAUUGUAUGUGUGAAAUUUUUGGACAAGUUCCUUGUCCAGCAGUUGUGCCAUUGCCCAAAUCUUGGAGAGGCAAAUACAAAAAUGAAGAAUCGUAGUUUGUAACACUCGGUUUUAUGUAAAUACUUUUUUUUCAGUAUAAUGUUAAGGUUGAUAGUCACAAUAAAAUGGAGUUCUUUUCAUAAA